CUGUCGACUGUUAAAUGUUAAAACAUCGUUUCAGUUCACCGACACAUCGGAGCGAUGCGAGCUCGUCUGGUCAGCAGCAUUCAAGCAGCUCGGCCACGCCAACCAACCAAGUGAUGUCUUCCACAGGCUCAGGUGCUCAAUCGGGUGUCAGUACGCUAGAACAGCCUUCUAGAAUGUUCGGCGAUACCUUGCACUUGCAUAGAGCGUCCAACAAUGCCACUAAGCAGAUUCGGCGAGCGAUCGCUUCUAACAACAUCCCGCCACCAGCUGCACCUGCCCCAGUUCCCACUCCUUCCUUGCCCUAUCAGAAAGCCGGAAUCCCCCAGUCUCAAAGCACGAAUUUCGGCAGCACUAAAUUGGGAAUGAUGGAUUCGGGCAAUACCACAUAUCAGUCGAGCCAAUACUCGGCACCUGGCAUUAAAUCCUCAGCUUCAGCGUUUAAUUUUUCCACCACUAGCCCUUCAACAGGACCGUACUCUACACAUCCGGCCCCAGCCAGGGAAAGGCCCACUGCAGGAUCCGGACUGCCUUUGCAUCUUCAAACCAAAGGAGGCAAAAUUGGUAAGUGCCGUUUCAUCUCUCCAGUUAAAUUUUUUGAAGUAGGAAGUAAGGAAAUAAAGCUUCAGUUUUGUCCCAAUAGCUCCAUUUUUUGAUUUUUUCAAAUGCUUGAGCGGUGGACAUAAUAUGGCUUUGAAUUUUUACGCACUAAAUAGAUUAUUUUUCGUUCUGUACAUUUAGGGAUUUUGGAGCACAAUAACUAGUUUUUUCAAUUUUUUGCACUUCGCCUUUGUUGACUUGAAAUUUCAAGUUCUUACUUGCUUUCGGUUCGAAGUUACGAAUUUUAAAGAGAUCGCACAUUUGGGGAAAACAUUCGUUUUCAGCACAAAAUUUGCCAAGGCCAGAAAAAUCAAAACUUUUUGUGAUUUUAGUGAAUUUUUGAGAAAAUUCAGACACAACCGUUUUCUCUGAACUGUAAA